AGGCCGGGGCGGGCGGCCGGGGCGCCAUGGCCGAGUCCCAGCUGGGCUGCCUGGACGAGGCGCACGUGAACGAGCGUGUGAGCGAGGCGCAGGCCGCCUUCUACUACUGCGAGCGGCGGCGGGCCGCGCUGGAGGCGCUGCUGGGCGGCGGCGAGCAGGCCUACCGCGAGCGGGUCCAGAAGGAGCGGCUGCGGGACUUCCUCUCCAGCCAGGAGCGCCAGGCUCUCCGCGCCGCCUGGAGCCCCUACGAGGACGCCGCCCCCGCCGCCGCCCCCGCCGCCCGGGGCAAGAGCAAGGCCAAGGCCAAGGCCCCGGCCGAGCCCAGCGAGUCCCUGGCCUACUGGCCCGACCGCUCCGACACUGAGGUGCCCCCGCUGGACCUGGGCUGGACCGACACUGGCUUCUACCGCGGUGUGAGCCGCGUCACCCUCUUCACCCACCCCCCCAAGGAGGAGAAGGCGCCCCACCUCAAGCAGGUGGUCAGGCAGAUGAUCCAACAGGCCCAGAAGGUCGUUGCUGUGGUCAUGGACCUCUUCACGGACGGCGAUAUCUUCCAAGACAUUGUGGACGCUGCCUCAAAGCGCCGAGUGCCAGUGUACAUCAUCCUGGAUGAGGCAGGCGUGAAGUAUUUCCUGGAGAUGUGUCAGGGCCUAGAGCUCGCUGACUUCCGUAUUCGGAACAUCCGUGUCCGCUCUGUGACAGGUGUUGGCUUCUACAUGCCCAUGGGCAAGAUCAAGGGGACCCUGUCAUCAAAGUUCCUGAUGGUAGAUGGUGAGAAAGUAGCCACUGGCUCUUACAGGUUCACCUGGAGUUCCUCCUACGUGGACAGGAACCUUCUCCUCAUCCUGACAGGGCAGAACGUGGAGCCCUUCGACGUGGAGUUCCGGGAGCUAUAUGCCAUCUCCGAGGAGGUGAACUUGUACCAGCAGCUGGGCCUGGCAGGAGGUGCUGGCAGGCUUGGCCUUAACUACACCUCCACUGUGGCUCGAAAGCUCAUCAACCCCAAGUACGCCCUGGUGUCAGGCAGCCGCCACCCACCGGGGGAGAUGAUGCGCUGGGCCGCCCGACAGCAGCGGGAGGCCAGCGGCGACCCAGAGAGGCAGGAAGAGGGCAGCGGAGGCGGCGAGGCAGCCCAGCGCCUAGAGAGCUUCCUGAAUGACCUGGUCACACUGGAGCAGGUGCUGCCCUCCGUGGAGCCCGUUCCCUCGGGAGAGCUGAUUCGGAAGGAUGGCAGGGUGGUCUCUCACCUGCAUAUGGACCUGAAGCCCAAACCCCGAGAGGCUCUAGCCCGUAACGGCAAGGGAGAAGCUGCCAACGGAGAGGCCACCCCAGCCAAGGAGGGCAAGCGCUUUAGCAGCAGGUUCUUCAGCCGACGGGCCAAGAGGCCUGCAGCGCCCAACGGCACAGCCAGCUCCCUCUCCACUGAGACCUUUGCCGAAGUGGAGUUUGUGAUGGGGAAGAGGCCCAACGAAGGCUCCAGUGCCGACAUCUCAGGUAAAACAAGUCCCAGUCCUGCCAAGACCAGCAAUUGCGUGAUUUCCUGAGCCGUGGGCCAGCAGUGGGCAGGACCUGUGGAUGCCCCCCUGUCCUGUCCUGUGGAGAACACAGGUCAAACCCUGCACCAGUUUACACAUCAGAGCCCUGCUGGCCUCCUGCCCCAGCAGCCUUCAUCCUGGUCUCAGGGACCCUGAAUCACAGAUGUGAGGGUCUGCAGCAUCUCAAGAUAAUCACAUGCCUCCACAAGACUGGCGGUGGCGGUGGCCGGGCAGGGCUCACUCCUCCUUGUUUACAUGAAGUGGAAGCUU